GUUGUUGGCCUGAAUGAUCAAGCGGGGAACACACACUUUUACAUAAGCGCAUAACCAUAAGUAUAAGGAAAUUGAUUGGUUCAUUUCGUUAGGUAUAUGUUUGUGGACCAAUCAAUUCCUUUAUGCUUAUGGCUAUGCGCUUACGCAAAAAUGUGUGUUCCCCGCUUCAUACUCUAGAUCAGAAGUGGCCAUUUAAAAAGCAAAGAAGAGGAAGAUAUAGAGAUAUGUGACUCUGGACCCUGCCAGUAUACGCGAACUGUGAAUCAGAUUGCGAUCAUAAAGAAAGCGUUUGAUAUUUGACAUAUGUACCAAAUUUUUCAUAUAUAUUUCGAAUAUGACAUCGUUUGUAACAGAUGUACUAACUACAGCAGGAAAACUUGAAAUAGUAAAUCUUCAAAAAAACAUUGCUGAAAUACAGAUACAAAUAACAAAAUUAGAAUAUGAAGUUAAAGACUUUAUGGAUGACAAUUAUGUUGAGUUCAGUGCAAAGUUGACAAGAGAUGUGCACUUAGUUAAAAAAACUGAGCAGCUACUGAAAGAGAUGGACACUUUGCAGAGCAGGAUAAAUGAUCAAAUCAAAAUAGAGUUACCUGGUUUGACGAAAGAAUUGAAAACUCUCUCUCAAAAAUUAAAAGAAUCAAACAUUAGUUUGAAAUUAUCCCAUGAGUUGAUGAGCUUUCAUGAAUACAUAAAAUCUAUAAAAGGAACGCAAGAAGAAAAACGAUACAUUGAUAUUGCAAAAACUCUGCGGCAAAUGCAAACUUUAUUGGAUAAUCCUCAUAGUUUUCUACAAGAUCUUGAAAUAUAUGUGGCAAUCAGAGAUGAAUAUUGCAAUCUCUUUCGCUUGUACUCAAUAGAAGUGUCUAGACUGUUACACGAUUGCAUUUGUUGGAAUAAUGACAUGAAAGAUGGCAAAAUAAUUACUUCUAUUAUUAUCAAAAAUGAAUAUGAUAACAUGCAGGAAUUAAUACAAGGAUUGCAUGUCAUCAAUAAUCUUGAAAACUUCUUACAAACAUUUUUAAUGAACUUGAUGAAUCAUAUAAUUAAUCCCAUUAUUCAUGAUCACUGUUCAGUGUACGUUAUCAAGGAGAGAGAAUUUACUAUCGAAAUAUUGGAGAGAAAAAAAAUGCCAUGUUUCAAAGGUGUACUGUACAAUUUAAAAUUACUCUUUAAGUUUCUUCAUCAACAUCUGAAUCUGACAAUUUCGGAUAAUGAAACUUUUCUGAAAAGAAUGCAACCGCAACUGAUAAAACAAUUAUCGCAUUCUUUAACAACAGAUUGUAUCUCAUACACUAUUCCAACUUCUAAUGCGAAUCUAAAGAAUUUCGAGCCUGUUAUCGAAGCGAUUAAUGAAUUUCAAGAUUAUUUAGUGCAAAUCGAAUUUCUUUCUAAGGAUGAGCUCUUUUUGUCAGACUACACAAACAAUAUUGACAAACUUUUCAUUGACAGAAUGUGUCAGGAUUUAUUAGUCAAAGCUAGAAAUAUAAUGAAGAAAGACUUACAUGAUUCUGUUCGAUGUGAACUACAGGAACCACCUAUACUUAUGAAUAAAAUAUUUGAAAAUAAUUGUGAAUUAUUGAAUGAAAAAACAUUAAGGGAUAUGUCAUUUCAUUUACCGAAGUGUCAAAUUAGCAAAAGCGCGCAAGAUAUAUUGGAAUUAACAAGGACAGUAUUAGAUGAGGCUUGCAAUAGUUCGGAGCCUUGCGCCAGUAGAUUAUUUUAUACAUGUAGAAAUAUAUUUGAAAUGUAUGUCGGUUUGGUACCUGAACAUCAUAAAAAAUUUUUAGAAACGAUACCGCAGCAAGUUGCUCUAUUUCAUAAUAAUUGUAUGUAUCUUGCCCAUCAUCUACUUACAUUGGCGUAUGAAUAUAAAGACAAAUUCUCGAAAAAUCUACAAAAAAUGAAUUUAACAUUCUCGGAUCAAGUCACAAUAUUUCGAGAAGUCGGUUCGCAAUAUUUUUUAGAACACAUGAAGUAUCAAAAAAAUAUAAUUUUUGAUAUCAUCAAGGAUUCAGGUUUUUCGGGAUUAGGGCAAACGUCUGAAUUACAUCCUAGCACCGAGCGCGCUUUAAGACAAUGCAUCAGACAACUGGAAUUAUUGAAAACAGUUUGGCUAGAAGUAUUACCUGUAAACAUCUAUUGCAAAGCUGUUGGAUGUAUAACUAAUUCUAUGAUUGAUGAUUUGAUAUCAAAGGUAAUAACUGUUGAAGAUAUUCCAGCUAAUGUAGCAACCGAACUAGUAACUCUAUUCAAUAUGGUGAUAAAACGAACACCUCCGAUAUUUCCUGAUCAACAGAUACAACAAUAUGUACAUAAAUGGAGAAAAUUUUUGGAAUUGAUUAAGAUACUUGGUGCAUCACUGAAAGAAAUCGAAGUAAGAUGGGGAAAUGGAAAAGGCUCGUUAGCGCAAGAAUUCACUGCUGUACAAGUUAAACAACUGAUCCGAGCAUUAUUCCAGAACACUGACCGAAGAUCUAAUCUUUUAGCCUCUAUAAGAUAAAAAAAAAUAUCAAACACAUAUAAAAAUGUAAAAUGUAUAAAAAAAUAUAACAAAAAAAUAGUUAUAAGUUUGUAUCCAUUCCAUAUCAAAUUCAAUAUACAGGAUGUGCUAUUUUAAUUAACCUCCUAAAAAAAAUUUUAUUUUUGAUUGUAGAACAAAAUGCUUCAUACAAAAGUUGCUUGGUUUGAAGCAAGUCAUCUGAUGAUGAUCUUUAUUUGACUUUGAAUCAAAGUUUAGAGAGUUAUUUCAAAAACUACGUAAUUUUUUUAACGGAAACCCUUAUUUUUUUAUUAUCAUAUUCUUAUAGUCCUUCUUGAGAUCCUUUCAAAACACUAGAAUAAAGUAUUUUUUCAUUAAGUAUUUUUCGAGUUAUUUUAUAUCUUAAUCUCACAUAUUUUGAUACAAAAUAUUUCCUAAAAUAUUUAGUUUUCAAUAAUUUUACCGUAAUAUUUUUGUGAAACACAUCUAUUAAAAAUUAAGAGUAAAAUAUAUAUAAUUAAUCAAUUUGAUACUAUGAAUGACUAAUUGCACAAAUAUAUUUAAAAAUAAUGAUUACACGCACACAUUAUAUAUAUAUAUAUAUAUAUAUAUAUAUAUAUAUAUAUAUAUAUAUAUGUGUGUGUGUGUACAGGAUGUCCGAAGUUAAUCGCAUCACCCGUUGUGUGCAGGUAGAGCAGAUAAAACUGAAAAGAAAAGUCCUAUACCAUUUUUUUCUAUAACACUUAAUAAAAGAGUUAUUAUUGAGUGAAAUCUGGCCAAUCUCGCCGACCUUUAGGGCGUAUGAUCGGUGAGCCGCGCGCCUGGUAGUAUGCCUGGGCGGGAGCGCUCAGAUGUUACGACGGCUCACCGACGUGUGCAAGACUAAAAAUCGGCGAUGAUAGGCCAGACUUCACUCAAUAAUAACUCUUUUAUUAAGCGUUAUAGGACAAAAUGGUAAGAGACUUUUCUGCUCAAUUUACUGUGCUCUACCCGCUCACGAGCGUUGGCACAAUCUUUGCAGGACACCCUGUAUAUAUAUAUAUGUUAUGAUUGGAGCAUUUAUGUUUUAACACGCAUCUUAAUUGUCAAUAUCAUGUAUAUCUAAAUAUUUAAUUCUUAAUAAAUUCUUUUGCUAAAACUUAUUUAAAAUUAAACAAAAAGAUAAAAUAAUUACUGAUUAUCUAAAUUAUUUAUAAUUAACAAUUCUUUUAUCUUUUUGUUUAAUUUUAAAUAAAUUUUAGUAACAGAAUUUAUUAAGAGUUAAAUAUUGAAAUAUACUUGAUAUUGACGGAUGUGUGUAUUAGAAUACAAAUGCUCAAAUCUGAUUUAAAUAUAGUCUAAUCAACAUCAACUUCCUAUUUAUAGACAUUGUAAGAAUUCGAAAUCUUUGAUUGUCAAAGUUGAAGAAUUCUUUAAUUAAUGUUAGCCAUAAUCUACAAUGCUAAAUUCACUUGUUGAAACACUUCCAUAAACAAAAUAUUUGUUUGUUAAUUGAUAUUAAACUUGCUUGCAUUGAAAUCGUGUAUGAAGAUUAAAAUAACAAAUUUAAAUUUCGAGAGAUUUUCUCUUCGUUAGGAAUUGAUGAAAAUAUUAAACGUUUUUAGUUUCAGUAUAUUUUAUCUGAAAAUCAUCCACUAUAUACGAAUAGUUACAUAUUUACAAACUUUUUUUUGACAAUCGGUUUUCCUAGGUGUAUAUAUAUAUAUGCUCUCGGAAAACCGAUUUUCAAAAAAACAUUAUAAUAUCAAGGUUUACACACACACACACACAUAUAUAUGUGUGUGUGUGUGUAUGUAUGUAUGUAUAUCUUUGCAAAUGAGAAAAACGCGAUAUUUUCAGAUAUGGGUUACUGCUUCAUUUGUCACUUUUUAUUAACUCUUAAAUGUUAUUGGUGUUAUUUUAAAACAUCCUAUAUAUGUAUGAGUGUUGUAUAUAUAACUAUUUAGAUUUUAAUAUUACACGUGACGCACGCACAUACACACCAAAAGCUCAUAUAUAUAUAUAUAUAUAUAUAUAUGUGUGUGUGUGUGUGUGUGUGUGUGUGUGUAAGUUCUUCAUAGUUAAAAUGGGAAAAAUGAAAAAAAUGGGAAAAAAAAAAAAAAAAAAAAACCAAAA